AUGGCUGUUUCCACCGGCAUGUCGUUCCUUAUAUCAACGCUAUUGGCAUUGUCACUGUUCUCGGUCAUGCAGCUCAACAGCAAAUGGUUGACAUCUAGUUCAGUGUUGGUCAUAGGUACAGGUUUUCUUGGCUCAGUGUUGUUUACGCUAUCCUUGACUGCUGUAAGUAAUCUAAUGACAUUACUUUUGGGAGAAGGAUAUCAAGCUAGUUUAUUUCCAGAAAUUAUAUUGUCAUUAUUGUUCACUUUUUUUACAUGUGUCUCUAUACAUAGAGUAUGCGCUACAACUGGUCUGCUGUUUUCUUUAUUCGCUCUGUACAAUAUUUAUAAUGUUUCUCAAAAGACAUAUAAUUCCAGUUCAUUGCUCAAACAGCCCAUUGUACAGAACAAAAAGAAGAAACACUAA